GAUGAUGAUGAUGAUGAUGUACGUUGCUAUCGACGUAUAACGGGGCCUGUAGAUGGCUGCGCGCGAGACAUAGCGCCAACUUUCUAUUUUAAAGCGAGGGAGACAAGUCGGCGUGCAGCAAGAAUAUGAACGAACCCGACCACUUCGUAGAAUGCGACGAAGAUAGCGACGUUUGUACUAUAAAUUAAGGAGGCCGGCACUCGGUGGCGAGCACGGAUAGUAUAUGAUCGGUUUAUAAAGAAUGAAUGGAAUCGUCUUGACCUAACAGCCGAUAGAACCGGCUGGAAUACUGAUAAACUAUGUCGAGACGGGGCCCGAUGCGAAAUUUGUAUGCCUUUUUCGCGCAUUUCCGCCUUUCAUGUUAAAUGGUUUUCAAUCGUUUCGCCAGUAAUUUAAGUUACUUCGUACUUUUUUGUUUUGUUUUGGAUUUCUUCGAGUGGCGUCAAACAGAAAUUGGCGAGAUAGAUAUCAUUUAAAAGAGUUUCCUCGUAUAAAUAUGUAUUUUUUAUAUGUAAAAUUUAUUGAGAAUCUCCUUUAUUACCAUCGAGUGCCCCCCAAGGGAAGACGCUUGUAAUUGUAAUCUUUGUAAUUAACACGUUCUCUGGCACGUUACUCAUGUGCAAGCGAUAACGUUAUCUGGCGACAUACAAUGUCUCUUAUGCACGAGUGAUUUCGUUUUUAGAAUCACGUCAUGCUCAGCUGUGAUUCAUAGAAUGUUGCAUGUGUAUUUCUGUAUUGUCUGAAUGAGCUUUCCAGUACCAAUGCUGGAAUUCGAAAUUUCAAAAUUUACUAAUCAAUAUUAUGUAUUAUAAUUUACGCAUUAUAAUUUAAAAUUCAAAGUUCAAAGAAGCCAAGAUUUAAAACGAUAUCUGAUGAGAAAACAUGUUAAACAAAGAAAUAACUCCAAAAGAAGAAUUAAAGUAAUUUUAAGCUGGAUGGAAGUUGACAAAAAUUCUAAACUAAAAUGCAUGGCCACAUUGCAAGUAUAAUGAUAUAUUCUAAAUACUCUAUCCAUCUUGGAAGUUGUAUCUAGCAGCAUGUAAAUCAUAAUCAAUUUUUGGAUUAUGAGGAACCAUGGACUGACUCGUCGUUUUACGCUGUAGGUGAUUUUGUUCCCCCAUGUGUACCAGGUAUGGGAUUAACUGACAGGGAGGCUGCCGGUGUUCAAGUCGGACCUGACGGGGUGGUCACAGAUGACAACGUCAGCACUCACUGCUGCCUGGUUGCCAUUGGGCGACUACAGGUUACUAGUACACCAAAUAGUAGCGAUUUAGCAGGUUCCAAUAGCAAUAAUGAAUUUAUUUCACGUCAUUCGGCAGAAGGUAAAUUCACCUUUGUGGACCAAAGAGUCGGUGGAAUUCUAGGGUACACACCGUCCGAGCUCUUAGGUCAUCCGUGCUACGAAUUCUUCCAUCCGGAGGAUUUGACGCAUAUGCGAGAAAGUUUCGAGCAAGUGCUAAAGAUGAAAGGACAGGUGGUGUCUGUAAUAUACAGAUUUCGAGCCAAAAAUCGUGACUGGGUGUGGUUAAGAACGUCCGCAUUUGCAUUUUUAAACCCGUACAAUGACGACGUUGAAUACAUUGUCUGCACGAAUACACAUGCCAAGUCAUUCCAUCCUAGUAGUGAUGGUCAGACAGAAAAUGAAGCUGUACCUGCUUAUGGACAACCUGGCCUUGAUUAUUCCCUGCAGAGACAUCCUACCAGAGAUCCUCUUUAUUCUGGGCACCAUAUGAUGCAGCAUCCAGCGACUGUCGCUACAGCUGGCCCUCAACAACCUAGGCCGUCCAGUACGCAAAACGUUUAUCAGGGAUACGAAACGACGCAAUCGCCUAUAGCUUAUGGUUCCCCUGGCCAACAAAGUGCGUCUUCUUCUGUUUUAAGCAGAAUUCAAAAACCAGCUAACACAUCGCCAACUCCAGUGCAACAAGGGUGGGCUAUUGGAAGACAGCAACCUGUGACAGAAGGAUACCAGUACAAUCAAUUAAGUCCUUCGAGGUCGCCGAAUGGACCAACAUAUACUCAAUUAAGUAGCGGUGCUAGGACACCAGCCACGCAAUAUCAUGCAGUCACAACUGUACCUAAUAACCCCGGCAUGUGGGGAUGGCAAAGCCAACAACAUCAGGCGCCUCAGCAAGAUGGCGGACAAUCAAAUCCUCAGGUGGCUGGACAAGCACAACAACCACAUCCUUCGCAAGGUGGACCCGGCACACAGCCACAAGAAUUGUCAGAUAUGUUACAAAUGUUGCAAGAUCAGGGUGGAGCGUCCGGUUUCGAGGAGUUAAAUAUGUUCAAUACUAAUUUCGAGUAGCGACAAGAAAACAGCAUGGCCGAUAAACGUCUAUCUUAAGGAAGCUUUAGUAUUCGAGUUUCAUUUAAUUGGAGUUUGUUCCAAGUAUCGUAAAUCACACUUUUACUUGAGCAUUCAAUUAUGAUAACGAGAGUUCGCCAGUCAGCACCUCACGCGUAAAUUUCAACCAAAUUGACUAACUUUACGAUAGAGAUUUACCUGACUUACACAGAUUGAUUUGUCAGCGCUUCCAUUCCGCUAGAACUAUUCUGUUGUAGUUAACGAUUUUAACGAUCGUACGAUAGCUUGCGCGAUAAAUUAUUCGGAAUUCGUUUUGCGAAAGUGCCAUUAAAUAUCACGUUGG